CUGCAAAAACUCACGCAGAAAACGCAUAGCGUAGCCAGGCCUUUGAACCGGGACGGGUGGCCUGUAUGACCCAGGCCUUUACUUUUCAAAGCAUUUUGUUCUUUCCACCCAGUCUGUGAAGUAAAAGUGAUAUUUUAUUGGUGAGCUGACAAAUUAUGAGGUUAGCAAGUUAUCGUGUGCAAUAUCAAUAUAUAGUGGGAUGGAAACAUGCUGGCGCGCGACUUAUCAGAGAAUGCAACAAUGGCCCACCAGCUGUACAGGAACACUACGAUUGGGCACUGUCUUCAGGAGAGUCUCGAUGAGCUUAUGCAGUACGACCAGCUUCCGCCGGCGCUGGCGAUGAAGGUCCUACUGCAGUUUGACAAGGCCAUCAGUGCCGCGCUGGCAAAUCGGGUCAAAUCUCGACUCUCCUUCAAGGCGGGCAAGCUGAACACAUACCGUUUCUGUGACAACGUUUGGACUCUUUUGCUGACGGGCGUGGAGUUCAAAGAAGUGCAAGAUGUCGCCAAAGCUGACCGUAUGAAAAUUGUGGCCAUGGAUGGCCGAGCCCAGGUGUAGGCCCGACGGGUGCCUCCAUGCCGUUCACAGCCGCCGCAGCCACCAACCACUGACGGCCGACCGCGAUCGGCUAGCCUGCCACCUGCCGGCGCCGUCGGCAACUACAACUGCCGGUCCCGGCCGCCUGGGAAUGGUCAACAGAGGAGGAUUGCGGCCAGAUCUUGGUCGCUGACGAAGACACACUGGCGUGGAGGAGACGUCAUGUGCGGUCAGAACUGAACUGGGUGACUGACCGAACCGCGCCGGUGCAGCAUCGGCGGCCUUCGAGCGUUGGCGACAGAACUGUUGGCCACGUCAGUGCCAGACGGAAAACUGAGCCGUCGGUGGUGAAUGGUUUAGGGUUGUCUCUGAGAGGAAGGACACGUGAGGUGUACUGUGAGUGCGUGCUGGUGAGGAUUCCCGAGCUGGUUGAAGGGAUCGCGAAGUACACCACCCUUUCCAAACGACGUGUGAGUGUGUUUUGAUGCGGAUGUUGUUAAAGUAAUCCAGCGUGUGCAAGUGUUUAGGUCCAUUCAGUGGCUGUUCGUAUGUGUUGUUCGGCGUUCCGUGGCAGCACGAGAGGGAUGGUUGUGCUUGUCUAUGCACCCUGUAGCCCUGAGCUUGCAAGUGGUGUGCGGGCCGUGCCCGCCCGUACACCGCCUCCGAAACAGCACGGUGUUGUUCCCUGGGUUUGGAGCGUGAUGGUAGCUGACUAGCCGCCGGGCAUUCCCGUUCUUCCCUUGGCCUUUCCUCGAUCUGGUGGUGUGGCAUCUCAGAAAACUUAGUUUUAAUGUUGCUCUCAGUGGUCCGUUGUAGAACGCCUUUUCCUUGUAACAUGUUGAUGGGUGUGAACAUGUUAAGCACACAAUAUAUACUUUGUCUUAACUAAA